AGAAAGUCUUGGUGCGUUAAAUCUCAAGUGAGUGUGGAAUAUCACCCUCAAGUGUUGCGGCUUUAGCCGAAUGUCCCGUCUACACCCUUACAACUCUUGCCCAAGUGAUUGAUUCUGUCUACUGUCCAACUUUCUAUCCAAGUCCCAAGUUUCAGUCCGUUACGUACAAUCUUACCCGCCAUGCGGUGCGGCAAUACCAUGUAAAGACGACGAAGACGAAGCCGAAGCCGACGCCUACGACAUUUUUCAUUCUUUUUUCCUAGUAUCUGCUUGCCUUGCUCUUCCUUUCAUUUCCUCCGCCCCUCCCUCCUCCUCCCUCCCGUCGCAGCUGGUUGAUCAGCACAAGCGUAUGUGAUCAUGGGUGACCAGCCGUUCGUGACGAUAAGUGAAUGGCAGCCCACGGAUGGGCAUAGUUUCAGCAGUGGAGAUUCUGCCGUACGUCGAGAAAAGAGAAUAGCCAGGCCUCAAGCUCGCUCUCAUCUAAUCACAUCUUCUCAGUAUGGUUCCAGCAUUGAAGAUGAGAGGACCCCGUCGGCCACACACGAUAUUAGCCGUGUGAGCUACCACGUCAAGCAUCUGCCCGAGUUCGCGAAAACUUUAGAGGAUUCGGCCACCCGAGCUUUCCCUAACCGGGGAGGCUCGCAGAGAUACAAGAAAGUACAUGUCCUCCUUCUUCACUGGACAUGCGAUGAUCUGUUUGUCCUAAAGGAGCUCGACGACCUGGAAGCAUGCUUCCGAGAGGAAUACAGUUUCCAGACGGAAACAUUUCCGAUACCGUCCGACAAUGCGCAUCUGGAAUUGAUGUUAAAAAUUGGCGCCAUGAUCAAGGAACAUGAGUCGAAUGAUACCUUGUUCAUCGUGUACUAUGGUGGCCACGCAAGAAUCGAUGAGUCGAGGCAGAGCACGUGGUGCGGGACCCGAAGUUCAGAUUCGCCAUGGCUCCAAUGGUCUGCGAUCCAGACAUUGCUGGAAAGGUCUCUCUCGGAUGUCUUGAUCCUCUUAGAUUGCUGCGCUGGCGCCGCAAGUGCUACUUUCCCUAAUGGUAACAGCAUAACAGAAACAAUAUCAGCAUCUAGCUGGGAUGCCAUCGCUCCAGACCCGGGGAGGUAUUCCUUCACCAACACACUAAUCGAAGUACUCCAAGAAUGGAGAUGGAGGACCUUUUCCGCCGCUAUGUUACACGCGGAGGUCCUCGCGCGCCUUAAGCAUCCGAGGCCUGAGAUGUUGAAUGGCAAACACUUCGAAGCACGUGCUACGCCGGUACAUUUCAUGAUGACCGCUAACCACAAGGCACCGAGUAUCGAAAUCACUCGGAUUCUGUCAUCGGACGCAAGGCCCCCCUCACCUCCCCAGGAAUCGGGUUUCGAUGAUAAUCCCAUGAACGGUCGGUCAGCCGGGCCGCAGGAUAUAGUCGGGUCCGAGCCAAACGAAGACGUACCGCACGUGAUGAUUUCCCUCGCACUUGAAGAAGACCAGCGCCUCAACAUCAACGACUGGGAGCACUGGCUUUCUAAUAUCCCUGCGCUCGCUAAAUAUGUUAAAGUUCAGGGAGUGUUCAAAAGCCAUUCGACACUCCUGCUCUUGUCUAUGCCGGUGAUGGUCUGGGAUCUGCUUCCGGAGAACCAUGCGUGCAACUUUGUCGCGUUUAUUCGAUCGAAUAACUUAGCCAUCCGGAACCAAAACGAGCCAAGAGUAGUAGAGGAAGAGGUUUUAGCGGGCGCCGAUAUAGAUGCAGAUUUGAGGUCAAUUUAUUCGGGAACCACGGCAUACACCGCUGGACCUCGGGAGUCUCUUGGGGGUGCUAGGUUAUCCAUGAUGUCCGCUUUUUCAAAUGGUAAGACACCGAUGGAGCCCGCCUUCAGGGGUUUCGAACGGCCGUCGUUUGAUGGGUCCAGCCGUGUUUAUCGACACUCGUCGAACGCGAUGCCUAUGGAUCAGUCAAAGCCGAAUAGGGGCUGGUCAACUUCCUCUCGUGGCCCCUCGACAAGGCAACGCCCCGCGCCUCUUCAUAAGAGCAUGUCUUAUGGCAAUAUCGCACAACAACUAGCCAUAAAUCAACCUCGGGGCGCAAGGAGAACAUCAUUGGCUUCUAUAUCGAGCCAACCCGAACUUCCACCACGUGUUCAGACACGUUUGGAGGAAUACUUCCAUGACAACCCAUUCCCAACGGUUGCCGUCAGGGAAUUCUUAGCAUCAAACCUCGGAAUAGAGACUUCAGAUUUAGAGACCUGGUUCAAACACCGUCGAGAACAACAGGAAGUGGAAAAUAGACUACAAAGUCUAAAGAUAGAUGAUCACAGUCAUGAUCCACCAAAUGAUGGCGCUCAGAUGAUCCUUCCCGGGCAUCUCAACAAAUUACUUGAAAUAUUCCCGGCAGGCCGUGGCCAGAUCGUGGUGAUUGACCUCCGCUCACCUUCCGAGUACGAGCAAUCUCACAUUCACGGUGCCAUCAAUUUCAGGGCCCCCGAGUCAUUUGUGGCACGAGCAAGCAUGGAGAUGAUCGAGAGGGCACUGCCAGACGAGGCGAGCCGUAACGCGUUCAAUAAAUGGUACGGUAGCACAUGCGUCGUAUUCUACGAUAAGGUAGUCGAGUAUACUUGGGAAGCACCCGUAGCCGACGCGCUAUACCAGAAAUUCAAGAGUAAGGGUUGGGCUGGGCAAUGUUUCGUGCUCAAGGGUCACUACCGAGAAUUCUCGCAUUCCUUUGACAAGUACAUUAUUAGUACGAACACAACGAGCAACGCCAAGGAGUACUUCGCUAGCCUUGAGGACAUGUCCGAGGAGAAGACGCAGGAAAAUCAUCAACAAUACGAUGAUUGGCUGAAACUUCUUGAAGGUGAAGAUAGGGUACAUUCAACCGACCUCGUCCCAGCGGUGAAAGCCGAGCGCGUCGAUGCUACAGUGAAGCACCAAAAGGAAAUCGAGAUCGAAUUCGAAAACAGACAUCCAGACCUACACAAGGAAGCCGUAAACCGAAGGCGUGACAGUAAUUGGUCCAUCAAAGGUCCCAUGGUUCCUCACCUGGAGCGCGGCAUUGCUAAGAUGCAGGAAGCCGGAAGGGGUAUGGGAAUGGGCCGAUCCGCUGCUCCUCUAGGGGACUAUAGACGAACGGCGGACAAGCUGUCCAUGUCGGAUUACGAUCUUCUCGAGUCCGAGGACGAACACUUAAGCCACGACUCAGCGCCACCGAAACUGAGUUCGGUCCCCUCUCAUAAACUGGCAUCUGACGAUACCGCCCCUGAGAAAAAGGGGCGGUCUGGACUAGCCGGAGGCCGUAGUCUCCUGGGAAAGUUCAUGCGAACCGGCCGCCAGGAUCCUCCGCGGUAGAGCAUGUGAUUAGGAGGAAUCGGUGAACGGGCUAUUUAUAUCACAUUUAUUAGAAGUUUCUCGAUCGCGGCGACUACUACUAUAUAUUUCGCACUUCAGACGAAGGGGGACUCCUAGUCCGAGUCCCCUCGGCGCUAUCUUCGCAUUUUACCUGCUAUUAGAAGCAUUUUUGGGAUGGAUACGGGAACUAGUGCGAUGGCAUUUUUGAUGGAUGAGUUUAACUGCGGCAAUAUAUCACAUUGCAUAUUCUGGUUGGGCGGUCUCAUAAACGGGGUUAGGGAGUGCGGUAAUUGCGUUGUUAGAUGGGUCUGUCCCCGGGAAGGGGUUUAUAUUUACUAGGUACCCGGAUAUUAUCUAUCGGGAUCUGUGUAGAUCUGUCUAGGUAUAUAUACAAUUUUGUAUCCGGACUCGACAGGGUUUUCAAGAGUCGCGAGACCGUUGCUCCUGGAUAAGUUGAAUGUUUUCUGUGUUUUCCCUAGGGGCCACUGUAGUACUUUAAUGUAUAUAUCCAUGCUGUCACCAAGGAAUAAUCUACAUCAUGACACCUAGAAAUUUGCUU